AUGUCGGGCGUCGGGGAAAUUUUGAAAGCGGUCGGUGAUUUUGGGCCGUUUCAGAAAUGGCUGGUGCUGUUCACCUUGUUACCCUGCCUCAGUGUGUCUUUCCACCAGUUUUGCCAACUUUUCAUGGUUUCGCGCGUGCCGCAUCACUGUGACACCAGCUGGAUCCGUGCCGUCGGCCCCAACCUGACAGAGGAAGAGCAGCUGAACCUCACCCUGCCCCGGGAUGCAGAUGGGGAGUAUGAGCAGUGCUCCAUGUACUCACCCGUGGACUGGGACCUUGACUCCAUCAUGACAUAUGGCCUGAACUCCACGGAGAAGUGCAGCAGUGGCUGGGUGUACCCCUCAGCAGAACCACCGUCCCUGCUGACCGAGUUUGACCUGGUGUGUGACAGGAAGGGCCUGAAUGACAUCUCCCAGUCCAUCUACAUGCUGGGGCUGUUCCUUGGAUCCCUGAUCUUUGGGCCACUAAGCGACAGGAUCGGCCGCCGGCCAGUCAUUCUGAUCUCCGUCCUCCUCCAGUGCUUGUUUGGUUUAGGAAUUGCCUUUGUGCCCCAUUUCUACGUGUACAUGGCCUUCAGAUGUGUCGUGGGGGCUUCAGUGUCAGGGAUCACCAUGACGAUGCUGGCCUUAGCUACAGAAUGGGUUGGUGUCUCCUCCCGGCCAAAGGCAGUGCUUAUUUCUCACUGCUAUUUCGCCGUUGGACAGAUGCUUCUGGCUGGUUUGAGUUAUGCUAUUCGCAACUGGAGGCUGUUGGAGAUUGCAGGAUCUGCUCCACUGUUUGCCCUUUUCUUCUACAUCUGCAUCCUACCAGAAUCAGCUCGGUGGCUGGUGAUGAAAGGCAGAAUAGAAGAAGCGAAGAAG